AUGCUCGAUAUCCUUCUUUCGUGCUUCGUCUUCACCUUGUUUGCAUUGCCGUGCGUAGCAAGCCCUUCUGACCUAGGUGCUCUUGAGGGUUUCAAUUCAACAAAGGACCUGAAUACUACCUUUCCCGACAGAUCCACCAUCGACAUGACCAACGCUCUUGGGGACCUAAUAGGCUGCUUCCACCAAGCCCCACCACAAGAGCCUCAUAAACUCUCCCGCACAAAUUUUAUCGAUUGCUUCAACGCGGAGAAGAAGAUAGCUGCUCAUGAUUCCCACAGGCCCAUAAAUUUCCGUCGAAACGGUGACACUACUUUCGUACUGCCAAAUAGCUUCACAUACAGAACUUGCGUCAUUUUCCUCGAUAUGGUCAGUGCAGAUGCCGAGGAUGUUUUCUACGUUGGAGAGAUUAGAGAUGCGGCGAUUGAUACUGCAAGGAGGUGUACUGCGCUCAAUCAGGCACUGGGAGGGAAGGCUGUGGUGGGGCCAAAGAAGUUGAUGGAGGUGUUGGUGUUGGGGAGGUUAGCUGUUGAUACAGUUGUGCUUGAAGGUGAUAAUGCUAUUGAUUGA